AUGUCGGAAAGCAGAGACAAACAUGAAUUGGAAUUGGACUUCAAGAGAUUUUGGGAGGAAUUCCGGUCGUCCAGCUCUGAAAAGGAGAAAGAAGUGGCAUUAAACAUGGCUGUAGAUAGUUUCUGUAGAUUAGUGAGGCAAAAUGCAAAUAUAGCACAAUUAGUUACCAUGUUAGUCGAAGCCCAUAUAUUCUCCUUUGUUGUGGGAAGAGCCUUUGUAACAGAUAUUGAAAAGUUGAAAAUUGCAAGCAAGACAAGGUCAUUGGAUGUUGCAAAAGUCAUAGGAUUUUUUUCAGAAGUCACCAAGGACGGUUUAAGUCAUGGUGCAAAUUUAUUAUAUGCCGUAGAAGUCCUUGUAUCUGGGCCCACUGACAAACAAUCUUUGCUCGACUCUGGCAUUCUCUGCUGUCUCAUACAUAUUCUUAGUGCGCUUUUGGUCCCUUUUGGGACCAGUGAAAGACAGCUGACAACUGAUGCAGAACAGCCGAAUUUACUGGAAAACCCCCAUGAUGGGGAUGGCAACAAGGUCCGCCGGCUUGAGGUAGAGGCGAGUGUAGUUCAUAUCAUGAAAGCACUGGCAAGCCAUCCUUCAGCUGCCCAGAGUUUGAUUGAAGAUGAAUCACUUCAAUUAUUAUUUCAGAUGGUUGCAACCGGGUCUCUUACUGUUUUUGCUCGAUUCAGGGAGGGUAUUGUGCCAUUGCAUACUAUUCAGCUCCAUCGACAUGCCAUGCAGAUAGUCAGUCUUCUUUUGGUCAAUGAUAAUGGAAGCACAGCAAAAUAUAUACGCAAACAUCACUUGGUAAAAGUUCUUUUAACGGCUGUUAAGGAUUUCACACCUGAGACUGGAGACUCUGCUUACACUAUGGGUAUUGUGGACUUGUUGCUUGAAUGUGUAGAAUUGUCAUACAGACCUGAAGCUGGGGGGAUCAGCCUCAGGGAGGAUAUACACAACGCCCAUGGCUAUCAAUAUCUUGUUCAGUUUGCCUUGAUACUAUCAGGAUUGCAGAAAAAAACCCAAGGCAUUCAGUAUUCAAAUUCCAAGCGUUCUUCUGAGGGAACUUCUGUUCCAGAUAGUUCACAUACAUCACAUAAUGUUGCUAAACAAGAUUCCACAGUCAGAGUGGACACCUCACCGCAACAGCUUUCUCCCUCGCUGUCCAGGUUGCUUGAUGUUCUUGUUAAUCUCUCACAAACAGGUCCCAUUGAGAUGAUGGGAAGCAAAGGGUCCAAAUCUACUCAUAACAAGGCUGGCGCCCAUGGAAGAAGUCAUAUACUAUCUGCUGAUAGGCUUGGAGAUGAAAGCUGGGAGAAGGACAGUGCCAAAGUCAAAGAUCUUGAAGCAAUCCAGAUGCUGCAGGACAUAUUUCUUAAGGUUGAUAGCAUAGAUGUGCAGGCUGAAGUAUUAAAUAGAAUGUUCAAGCUAUUUUCAAGUCAUAUCGAGAACUACAAGUUGUGUCAACAAUUACGAACAGUGCCUCUCUUCAUCUUGAACAUGUCAGGCUUUCCUUCUUCAUUACAGGAUAUAAUUCUGAAAAUUCUAGAAUAUGCUGUAACUGUUGUGAAUUGUGUUCCUGAGCAAGAAUUGCUUUCCCUUUGCUGCUUACUACAGCAACCGAUAACAUCUGAUUUGAAGCGCACCAUCCUCUCCUUCUUUGUGAAAUUAUUAUCAUUUGAUCAGCAGUAUAAGAAGGUUCUUCGGGAAGUUGGCGUUCUGGAAGUUCUGUUAGAUGACUUGAAGCAACACAAAAUUUUGUCAGGUUUAGAGCAACAGACUAAAACCUUCAGUGAACCUGAGAGGAAAACCAAUUCAAGCAGCUUUAAGAAACACAUGGAUAGUAAAAAUGCCAUCAUUUCUUCACCUAAACUCUUGGAAUCCGGUUCUGGAAAAUUUCCUCUUUUUGAAGUUGAGGAUACAAUUUCUAUUUCAUGGGAUUGCAUGGUUACCUUGCUAAAGAAAGCUGAGGCCAAUCAAUCAGCGUUCCGGUUAUCUAAUGGUGUUACCAAUGUGCUCCCAUUUUUGGUAUCUGAUGUUCACCGUUCAGGGGUCCUUCGUACUUUAUCAUGUUUGAUUAUUGAAGAUGUACCACAGGCUCAUUCAGAAGAGUUGGGUGCACUAGUUGAACUUCUACAAAGCGGGAUGGUUUCAAGUGUUUCGGGAUCUCAAUACCAGCUGCAUAGUGAGGCCAAAUCUGACACUUUAGGGGCUUUAUGGCGCAUCUUAGGAGUUAAUAACUCAGCUCAAAGGGUCUUUGGGGAAGCUACUGGAUUCUCUCUUCUGUUAACUACUCUUCAUAGUUUUCAAAGUGAUGAGGGACAUGCAGAUGGUAAAUCCUUAUUGUCUCACAUGAAAGUUUUUACAUAUUUGUUGCGCGUUAUGACAGUUGGAGUGUGUGGAAAUGCUGUAAACCGGGCAUGGCUACAUACAAUCAUAUCGUCUCAGACCUUUCACGAUCUUUUGUCUGAGUCUGGCUUGCUUUGUGUUGAUUGUGAGAAACAAGUUAUCCAAUUAUUAUUGGAACUUGCACUCGAAAUAGUUCUUCCACCAUCCUGUACAUUGACAGAUGAGAGUGCCUUGCCACUGGAUCCGAGUGAAUCUGCGGCAGCUAAUUUUCUUUUGAGUGCCGCAUCGGGGUCUUUUAGUCCUAGCAAAGAACGAGUGUACAAUUCCGGUGCCAUUGCGUUGCUGAUUCGUUCGUUAUUAAGUUUCACCCCAAAAGUUCAGUUACAAGUGCUAAGCUUCAUCGAAAAGCUUUCACAGAGGGGCCCCUUUAACCAGGAAAAUUUGACUUCUAUAGGUUGUGUGGGACUUCUCCUGGAGAUCAUUCACCCAUUUCUAUCGGGUUCAUCACCAUUGCUUGUCCAUGCAUUGAAAAUUGUGGAAGUGCUUGGGGCAUACAGGUUAUCAUCAGCAGAGCUCCGAGUGCUACUUAGAUGCAUAUUGCAAAUUAGGUUGAAUCCAGGUCACGUCCUUGUUGAUAUGAUGGAGAGGUUAGUUCAGUCGGAAGAUAUGGCCUCGGACAAUGUGUCACUAGCACCAUGCUUGGAGAUGAAUAUGAGCAAGCUUGGACAUGCCUGUGUUCAGGUAUCUUUGGGGGAAAGAUCAUGGCCUCCUGCUGCUGGUUAUUCUUUUGUCUGUUGGUUUCAGUAUAGAAAUUUCCUAAAAGCUCUAGGAAAGGAAACUGAACCAGCUUCGAAGGCCGGACCUUCUAAGAGGAGGAGCACCUCUAGUAAACAACAGUCAAAGGGACAAAUUUUGCGGAUCUUUUCAGUUGGUGCUGUCGGUGAUGGAAAUGCAUUCUAUGCAGAACUUUAUCUUCAGGAUGAUGGUGUUCUAACUCUUGCUACCAGCAACUCUUCAUCUUUGUCCUUUUCGGGGUUAGAGUUGGAGGAGGGAAAAUGGUAUCACCUUGCCAUUGUUCAUAGUAAACCUAGUGCCUUAGCUGGACUAUUCCAAGCCAGCGUAGCAUAUGUCUAUCUUAAUGGAAAGCUGAAACAUACAGGAAAGCUGGGAUAUUCACCAUCUCCGACCGGAAAAUCAUUGCAAGUAACCAUUGGGACACCGUCUUCUUGCUCGAGUAGUAGUGAAUUAUCAUGGAGACUUCGUUGCUGUUAUCUUUUUGAGGAGGUGCUCUCAUCAGGCAGCAUCUGCUUCAUGUAUAUUCUUGGAAGAGGAUAUAGAGGUCUCUUUCAAGAUACAGAUCUUCUUCGAUUUGUUCCUAACCAGGCUUGUGGUGGUGGUAGUAUGGCCAUCUUAGAUUCAUUGGAUUCUGAGUCGCCUUUUCCAUCUAAUGUCCAAAAGGUUGAUAGUGCUGGACGACAAGUGAUUCCAAAGGCAGAUGGCAGCGGUAUUGUUUGGGAUUUAGAAAGACUUGGAAACCUCUCUAUGCAGCUCUCCGGUAAGAAGCUUAUAUUUGCAUUUGAUGGAACAUCAUUAGAAGCUGUUCGAGCAAAUGGCACCUUAUCGAUUGUUAAUCUAGUUGAUCCGAUGUCUGCUGCUGCCUCUCCGAUUGGUGGCAUUCCUCGUUUUGGCCGUCUUCAUGGGGAUAUUUAUAUUUGUAAGCAACGCGUACUUGGGGAUAGCAUACGUACAGUUGGUGGGAUGGCUGUAGUCUUGGCUCUUGUUGAAGCAGCCGAAACCAGGGAUAUGCUGCACAUGGCCCUGGCAUUAUUAGCUGGUGCACUUCAUCAGAGUCCCGAGAAUGUACGAGACAUGCAAGCUUACAGAGGAUACCAUUUGCUGGCCCUCUUCUUGCAUCGUAAAAUGGGCUUGUUCGACAUGCAGUCUCUUGAGAUCUUUUUCAAGAUUGCUGCGUGUGAGGCUUCUGUUUCAGAGCCUCAGAAGAUGCACGAAAUUCAAGCAAUAGCUUCCCCUGUUGGUGGUAUUCGCGAACCCUACUACGAGGAUCUUAGUUUAUCAAAAUUUCCCGAUGAGCUAUCUUCAGUCGGAUCUCAUGGAGAUAUGGACGAUUUUUCUGUGCAAAAAGAUUCUCUUAGUCAUAUUUCAGAGCUUGAAAAUAAUGAUAUACCGGCUGAGACAUCUAACUGCAUUGUAUUGUCAAAUUCGGAUAUGGUUAAGCAUGUCUUGCUAGACUGGACUUUGUGGGUAUUGACCCCUGUUUCAAUUCAAAUUGCUCUUCUAGGGUUUCUUGAGCGUCUGGUGUCUAUGCAUUGGUACAGGAAUCAUAAUCUUACAGUAUUACGGCGAAUCAACCUUGUCCAACAUCUGUUAGUAACUCUGCAAAGGGGCGAUGUGGAAGUACCCGUUUUGGAGAAGCUGGUUGUAUUGCUUGGGGUUAUCUUAGAAGAUGGAUUUUUGGUUUCCGAACUGGAACAGGUUGUCAAGUUUGUUAUCAUGACAUUUGAACCGCCUAAAGUGUCACCGCGUCGUCAGAUCCAGAGAGAGUCGAUGGGGAAGCAUGUAAUUGUACGGAAUAUGUUACUUGAGAUGCUUAUUGACUUACAAAUGACCAUAGACACGGAAGAGAUGUCAGAACAGUGGCAUAAGCUAGUUUCAUCCAAGUUGAUAGCAUAUUUUCUCGAUGAAGCUGUUCAUCCAACCAGUAUGAGAUGGAUCAUGAUUCUUCUUGGUGUUUGUCUUGCAUCUUCACCUACAUUUUCACUUAAAUUCCGCACUGGUGGGGGUUACCAAGGUUUGACUCGUGUACUGCCUAGCUUCUACGAUUCGCCGGAAGUGUACUACAUCCUCUUCUGUUUAAUAUUUGGCAAACCUGUUUAUCCGAGAUUACCUGAAGUUCGCAUGCUAGAUUUUCAUGCUCUUAUGCCAAGCACUGGAAACUCAGGGGAAUUGAAGUUUGUUGAGUUGUUGGAGCCUGUAAUUGCCAUGGCAAAAUCCACGUUUGAUAGGCUGACCAUGCAGUCAAUGCUUGCCCAUCAAACUGGUAACCUUUCCCAGGUUGCUGCUAGUCUUGUAGCGGAGCUUGCUGAAGGUACAACUGAUAUGGCAGGAGAGCUUCAGGGGGAAGCUCUAAUGCAUAAAACAUAUGCAGCGCGCCUAAUGGGUGGGGAAGCUGCAGCACCUGCUGCUGCAACUGCUAUCCUCAGGUUUAUGGUUGAUCUAGCGAAAAUGUGCCCUCCUUUCUCUGCUGUGUGUCGACGAGCGGAGUUUCUUGAAAGCUGUGUGGAAUUAUAUUUUUCUUGUGCAAGGGCGGCUUAUGCAGUAAAGAUGGCCAAAGAUCUCUCGUAUAAAACCGAAGAAAAGAACCUAAAUGAUUCUGAUGAUACCCACAGUUCACAAAAUACAUUCUCCAGCUUGCCUCAUGAACAGGAACAGUCUGGUAAGACUUCGAUAAGUGCCGGAAGUUUUCCUCAGGGUCAAGCAAGUACUAGCUCUGACGAUGUACUUGGGCCUCAGAACUAUAUGGUGCCUCAUAAAUCGGAGGACACAGCUACUUUAUCACAGAAGGAGUCCGGCAAGCCAAAAUUAGGAAUUGAUGUCCUUGCUGUUAAAGGUUUUAAUGCCGAAACCCUUGAUCAGAUGUCUAGGGUUGCUUCUGGUGCUGAUGAAUCUAAGUUCUCUAAUGCUAAUGGUACACCAUAUGCUAUUCAUGUUGCAGAAUCAUCAAGUUCGAUGUCUUUUAAUCUUCCCAUGUCUCCUGCUUUGUCUGAGAAUUCUACUUCAAAAAUCCCACUGUCUCCCUCACCAUCCCCAAUGCUUGCCUUGACAUCUUGGCUCGGCAGCUCUGUCAGUAAGGAAGUGAAAUCUCAAUCAGUUGCUACUCCAUCAAUGGGAUCUUCUGUAUCUGGAUAUCAAUAUGAUGUAACUCAGGAUUUAAAGUCCAGUUCGCAAGGGUUGGCAUCUGGAAACACGUCUUUCGCUGUCAAUUCUAAGCUUUUACUUGAAAUCGAUGAUUCUGGUUAUGGUGGGGGUCCAUGUUCUGCAGGAGCUACUGCUAUUUUAGAUUUCUUGGCGGAAGUUCUUGCUGACAUUGUGGCAGAGCAGAUUAAAGCAGUUCAGGUUAUUGAGAGCAUUCUGGAGACUAUUCCUCUCCAUGUGGAUCCAGAUUCUGCAUUAGUGUUUCAGGGUCUCUGUCUUGGUAAGCUAAUGAACUUCCUUGAAAGACGUCUCUUGCGAGAUGAUGAGGAAGAUGAUAAAAAGCUAGAUAAGACUCGGUGGUCUCCAAAUUUGGAUCACUUGUGUUGGGUGAUUGUGGAUCGUGUUUACAUGGGUGCCUUCCCUAAGCCAGUUGCUGUGCUGGGAACUCUAGAUUUUUUGUUAUCCAUGUUACAGUUGGCUAAUAAAGAUGGUCGUGUUGAAGAAGCAGCUCCAUCUGGAAAGAGUCUUCUGUCUCUUACGAGAGGCAUCAAGCAGCUUGAUACAUAUGUGCAUGCACUUCUGAAAAAUACAAACCGUAUGAUAAUGUAUUGUUUCUUACCAUCAUUCUUGAUCACUCUUGGUGAGGAGAGCCUGCUUGCACGCCUAGGGUUGCAGGUGGAACCUAAGAAGAGUUUGGCUUCUAACACUUGCAAUGAAGAAGAAUCGAAGACAGAUGUUACCACUCUCUUACAGUUAUUGGUUGCUCAUAAACGGAUUAUAUUUUGUCCCAGUAAUGUCGAUACUGAUCUGAAUUGUUGCCUUUGCAUAAGCUUACUUUCUCUUCUUCACGACCAAAGACGGGCUGCACAGAACAUGGCAGUGGAUAUUAUUAAGUAUCUAUUGGUUCAUCGCAGGGCUGCGCUGGAAGAGUUGCUUGUUUCUAAAGCAAACCAAGGCCAACAUUUGGAUGUAUUGCAUGGUGGGUUUGACAAAUUAUUAACAGGAAGUCUAUCAUUAUUCUUUGAAUGGUUUCAGAGUGCAGAACAAAUGAUUAACAGAGUGUUGGAGAGUUGUGCCGCCAUUAUGUGGGUGCAGUAUAUCGCUGGUUCAUCGAAAUUUCCCGGGGUGAGGAUAAAGGGCAUGGAAGACCGUCGAAGGAAAGAAAUGAACAGGAGAUCUCUUGAAAAUUCAAAAGUCGAUUCAAGACACUGGGAGCAAACAAAUGAGCGUAGAUACGCACUUGAGUUGGUCCGUGAUGAGAUGUCUACUGAGUUGAGAGUAAUCCGUCAGGAUAAAUACGGUUGGGUCAUGCAUGCGGAGAGUGAGUGGCAAACCCACCUUCAACAACUUGUACAUGAGCGAGGGAUAUUCCCUAUGCGGAAGUCCACUGCUAGUGAGGAACCAGAGUGGCAACUCUGUCCUAUCGAAGGGCCUUAUAGAAUGCGCAAAAAGCUUGAGCGCUCAAAAUUGAAAAUUGAUACCAUUCAGAAUGUUCUUGACGGCUGGUUUGAAUCGAGGGACACUGAGCUCUCAAAAGGGAAAAAUGAAAACAUUCUGGACGCUUCUGAAACUGAUUCCGACUCAUUUUUCCAUCUUUUAUCUCAAGGUACCAAAAAGAAGUGCUUCGACGGUGGUGAUUACAACGAGUCCUUUUUCAAAGAUGCAAAUAACGCUAAUGAGGGAGAUGCCGCCUCUGCUAAGAUAGGGUGGAAUGAUGAUAGAGCAAGCAGUAUUAAUGAAGCAAGUCUUCAUUCUGCUCUAGAGUUUAAUGGCAGGUCUAGUGCAGUUUCUAUCCCCAUAACUGAUAGCAUACAUGCAAAAUCUGAAGUAGGUUCCCCUGUUCAGUCUUCUUUUAUUAAAACUGAUGAGAUUGAAGAGUCGGAGGAGAAUUUGGACAAGGAACUGACUGAUAAUGGGGAAUAUUUAAUUAGACCAUAUCUGGAACCUCAUGAAAAGAUUAGAUUCAGAUAUAACUGUGAGCGAGUUAUAGGUCUUGACAAGCAUGACGGCAUAUUUCUCAUAGGGGAGCUUUGUUUGUAUAUUAUUGAGAAUUUUUACAUUGAUGACUCUGGAUGCAUAUGCGAAAAGGCAUUUGAAGAUGAACUGUCUGUGAUUGAUCAAGCUUUGGGUGUGAUGAAAGAUGUUGGUGGCAGUUCAGAUUUUCAAUUGAAAUCCCCCUCUUCUUCUUGGGACGCAACAGGUAAAUCUUUGGUUGGAGGAAGGGCAUGGGCCUACAAUGGUGGUGCAUGGGGAAAGGAGAAAGUGUGUGCGAGUGGUAAUCUGCCUCAUCCUUGGCGUAUGUGGAAGCUUGACAGUAUUCAUGAAAUUUUAAAGCGUGAUUAUCAGUUGCGUCCUGUUGCUGUUGAGAUAUUUAGUAUGGAUGGAUGCAACGAUCUUCUUGUUUUCCACAAAAAAGAGAGAGAGGAAGUUUUCAAAAAUUUGGUUGCCAUGAAUCUGCCAAGAAAUAGCAUGUUGGAUACUACCAUUUCUGGGUCAUCAAAGCCAGAAGGGAGUGAGGGAAGCCGCCUUUUCAGAAUAAUGGCCAAAUCCUUCUCCAAGAGGUGGCAAAAUGGAGAAAUUAGCAAUUUCCAGUACCUCAUGCACCUCAAUACUCUUGCAGGACGUGGAUACAGCGAUCUUACUCAAUAUCCAGUAUUCCCAUGGGUUCUUGCAGACUAUGAGAGUGAAACUUUGGAUUUAUCUGAUCCUACUACAUUUCGCAAGCUUGACAAACCAAUGGGAUGCCAGACAGCAGAGGGGGAGGAAGAAUUUAAGAAAAGAUACGAAAGCUGGGACGAUCCAGAUGUUCCUAAAUUCCACUAUGGUUCACAUUAUUCAAGUGCUGGAAUUGUACUGUUCUAUCUGCUUCGUCUCCCACCAUUUAGUACAGAGAACCAGAAGCUACAAGGUGGCUCAUUUGACCAUGCAGAUCGUCUUUUUAACAGCGUGAGGGACACAUGGUUUAGUGCUGCUGGAAAGGGUAACACGUCUGAUGUGAAGGAACUGAUUCCAGAGUUCUUUUACAUGCCCGAGUUCCUGGAAAAUCGGUUUGAUCUCAACUUGGGUGAAAAACAAUCAGGAGAGAAGGUUGACAAUGUCAUUUUGCCACCAUGGGCUAAAGGUAGUGCAAGAGAAUUUAUUAGGAAACACCGCGAAGCUCUUGAAUCAGAGCAUGUUUCAGAAAAUCUGCAUCACUGGAUAGACCUCAUCUUUGGAUAUAAGCAAAGGGGAAAGGCGGCUGAAGACGCAAUCAAUGUCUUUUAUCAUUACACAUAUGAAGGGAGUGUGGACAUAGACUCCAUUGACGAACCUGCAAUGAAGGCUUCAAUUCUAGCACAGAUUAACCACUUCGGACAGACGCCAAAGCAGUUAUUUCAAAAACCCCAUGUGAAGCGACGGUCUGACAGGAAGGUUCCCCCUCAUCCACUCAGGCACUGUAACCAUCUGGUUCCUCACGAAAUCCGCAAAUCUUCAUCUUCAAUUACUCAAAUUGCCACUUUCCAUGAGAGGAUUCUUGUGUCUGGCCCAAAUAACUUGCUGAAACCUAGGACAUAUAACAAGUAUGUCGCAUGGGGGUUCCCAGACCGUAGUUUGAGAUUCAUAAGCUAUGAUCAAGAUAAGCUUCUUUCCACUCAUGAGUGUCUUCAUGGAGGGAACCAAAUCCAGUGCGCUGGAGUAACCCAUGAUGGUCAGAUCCUUGUUACUGGUGCUGAUGAUGGUGUUGUAUGUGUCUGGCACAUCAAUGAAGACAUACCUCGCAACUACCGUAACUUACAAUUGGAGCGAGCCCUUUGUGCCCAUACAGCAAGGAUCACAUGCCUCCAUGUCAGUCAGCCUUACAUGCUCAUAGUGACUGGUUCAGAAGAUUGCACCGUCAUUUUGUGGGAUCUCAGUAGUUUGAUAUUUGUGAAGCAGCUCCCUGAAUUCCCGGCACCAAUAUCUGCAAUCUAUGUAAAUGAUCUGACUGGAGAAAUUGUGACAGCAGCUGGAAUUGUGCUUUCGGUCUGGAGCAUCAACGGUGACUGCCUUGCUGUGGUCAACACUUCCCAACUUCCGUCCGAUUUUAUCCUCUCAGUGACAAGUGCGACAUUCUCUGAUUGGCAAGACACAAAUUGGUAUGUUACAGGACAUCAGAGUGGGGCCGUGAAGGUGUGGCAAAUGGCUCAUUUCUCUGAUGAAGCUAGCAGAAGUAGCAAGUCAACAAGCACUGGUGGAACAGGGUUGGGAAUCAGCGACGGUGAAAAACAGCCAGAAUACCGAUUAAUCCUUCAUAAGGUAUUGAAGUCCCAUAAGCAUCCUGUAACGGCUCUUCACCUGACUAACAACCUUAAGCAGUUAUUGAGUGGGGAUUCUGCUGGGCACCUAAUCUCUUGGACUCUGCCUGAUGAGAGUGUGAGGGGGGUAUCAUCUAAUCAGGGGUAAAAUUGGACCUCCUCAACUGAUGAUAAAUAUCACCAGUGGUUUGAUAAUUGCAGCUUUAGUCCACCCGUUGAGGCAAGCUAGCUUUGGUAAUCCCCCUGUAAAACCUUGCUUGGGUUUCCUUGGGUCCUUGACGAGAAGAAGGAAAAGGAUUGUAUGUUGUGUGUGUGCAAAGGAUGCAUAAGUGAAACGAUACGAAGGAGCUGGUCCAAUUGUAGUUGUAAUCAUGAAAUCACUAUUUUGGACACAGAAAACCUUCCACAAGCUGCUGAUGGUGAGACUUACACGGGGACUUAAACUACCAAUGAGCUAUAUCUAUCCUACGUGAUUGUGUGGGCAAAGGAAGAUGAUCGAGAUUAGUGUUUACUUUUCGAAGUCCAGCCAGCUUGUGGUUGUUGAAAGCAGGCGGACAUAUUUAAUUGUUGGGUCGAUCUGUUUUGCUGGUUGAAAUACAGCGGUGUAUACGUGUUUUCAGUGUAAAUAGUGGGGUGUGAUUAUUAGCCCGUGUAGUAAACUUGAAUGUAUAGUGGGGAGAGUGGACGCAUGAUGGAAAGAGUAGUGUAAGCUAAAAAGUGGCUGAGGGAAGAUAAAGCAAAAGAUAAAUGAAUGUUAGAAAUGUAUUGAUCUACAACCUCUCCCUUAAAUUGAAUGAAUUCGUAUCUGCUCUUAAC